GCAGCUGAUGCACAAGCCCAGGAUGCCAAUGUCCAACCUUCGAAAGAAGCAGACGAGGCACUGCCAAAGCAGGGUGGAAUUGCAGGUGCUGCCAUGGACAUGGAAAAGCCCGAUGCCCUAAAGGCAGAUCGGGGCUUGGCUGGACCAGUGCC